GCGAUGGAGGCUCUUGUCUCUGUGACCGCGGGGUCCAGGGUGUCCCCCAGGAGCGCGCAAGGCCAGGGAUGCUGGGCUCUCUUCCUCAUCUUGGGGCCGGUGCUGCUGGUUUCCAUGGCAACGGCGAGCUCCCUCCAAACAGAGGGGCCUCGUUCACCUUUGGACAGGUCCGAGAUGUUCGCCGAGGCACCACGGAGGAGGGAUUCGUCCCCUGCCUUACUGCCACUGCACACUGAAGCCUCGGAUCUCCCUGCUCCAUCCCGUAGGUCAGCGAGGACUCCUCUUGAUGCUUUAGGGAAGCAUGACAGCAUGGCGGCAGACACCACACCGGGUGGGACAUGGCAAACGGAUCCUGGCCUGAUCGCCUCGGCCCCCCUCAGUUUCCCUGUAAGUCCCGAUGGACACCCUGCCAGCUCUCCGCUCAGCCAUAGUUGGGUAGAAGGUGCUCGUCUUCCUGAGGGACACUCGCAUGUCAGCAGGAAGCCUGUCUUUGAUGAAACAGCCCAAGGUAUCCAUCAGCUGUUGAACCCUCCCGAGAUGCUGGUGCCAAGCUUUGUGCCUUUCAUCAGACCUCAGUCCACAUUGGCCAGGGCCGAGCUUACGCUGGUCCCGACGGAGGAUGUCCUGCCGACCAGUGUUGUGGAAGACGACUGGGGCUCUGGGGACUACCUGGAAACAAUGUCUUUUCUGGGCCCAGAGGAAGACGACUUUGCAAUGGUCACUAGCCUGCCCACUGACAUAAGCGAGCUGGAGGACUUCAGCACAGAGGACUAUGACACCUCUUUCCCUUCCAGGGUGGUGCCGUCGCUCUCGUCUCUGCACAUGUUCAGCACUUCCAGUUUCAUCAUGGUUCACAGCACCAGUGUGAUGACUGUUGAGUUGACAUCAGUCCGUCCCUCUCACAGUCAUCCUGCAGCAGACUCCCCUGUCACGCCACAAAACGGUUUGGCUGACGAGGGCUUGGAGAUAGACUGGGCUGAGGUUUUCACCAUCGAACCGACAGAGAUUCUGCUGCCCGACAUGAACAGUCUGGAGUAUUACACUACGCUACUGGCUAAGGAGAACGCAAGUUCUACAGAACAUAGGGAGAACCUCACCUCCACCAAGCAGUUUCCACAAGAACUUGUCACAGCCACACGCAUCACACCCACCGGCUCCUUCAGCCUGGAUCUGACGCACAUGUUCACAACCUCCCAUGGCCCUGAGUUGUUGCCUCCUGACAACAGCUCCUGGGCUGAGGAGGCCUCGACGGACAUAUCUGGCUCAGAUCCCGUGAACUCGACAAUGGUUGACUCUAGAGGAACUGUAAGUCCCAGUCUUGUGGAUGCAUCAGAACGCUUGCCAGAGCCUUCCGAUGAACUUACACCUUCCAUGGUUCUGUCCACAUCGCUGUGGGGAGGCCCUGCCACUCCAGUGGUUCAAGCAGACAUAGUUCCUACCUCCUUCAGCAGCACACUUUCGGUUUCCAUCAAGCCCACUGCUGCAAGCAUUUCUCCAUCGGUCUCUAGAGACACCAUCCCUCCCACCGCUGGUCUCACCCCUCCAACCACCACACACUUAACCACCACGCACUUGACCCCCACACCCCUUACAGAGCAUGCUCACAAUGUCAGCACGCCCUCCAUGGAGAUGGCCACCACCAGCGAGGCUGCCACCGGUGUGUCAUUGACAUCUGAAGCCCCCACGCCUACCGACAGGGGCGCAACGGUGGUCAGCAGAACAACCAGGCCCACCCCUGUCCCCUCCAGUGAAAUCGGCACCAUCAGCAACACCGUGGUCAUAUCAGUUAAUGGCAGCGUUGUGUCAGCCACACCCAGGAGCUCCUUAACGACUACUUUGCGAACACCCCAAUCAACAACCUCUCGUCAGUACAUCUGUAACAUCACCAAACCUGACAUGUACUUGGUCAGAGUGGGGUUACCCACAGGUUCCACCAUUGGAUACACCAAAUCCCAGGUUCGAGAGAUCCUCAAGGUUGAAUUCAACCGUUCUGUUGAGCUCCAGGUGGUGAAAGGCCCACCAGAUUUCAUCUUUCGUGUGGUGUCUGGCCCGGUGGUGUACACAGCGGUGGCAGUGGUCAAUGCUCUGCGCCUCUCCACACACACCUCCUCCAACAUCCUGAGUGUGUCACCUGUCUACACCAUGCCGGACGCCCACUUCCAGGUGCACUCAGUGCUGCAGUUUGUCCCCGGCCACGUGGACGUACGCAUCUGCACUUUCAGCGAGCGCGUCGAGCGGGGCUUGAGCACGGCCUAUGCAGAAGUGCGCCGCCGCUCGUUGGAGUCCGCUAACUUCAGCAUCGACAUUGUGAACAUCACCGCGAGCUCGACCAAGGGUCUCCGGAACCAGAAGACCCCAGUAGACAUCACAUUUGCCGUGAGAGAUGCCAGCGGCUACCUGAGGGGUUCAGAUGUCAGCAACCACCUUAGGCUCCUCAGCAUGGUGGAGUUUAGCUUCUACCUGGGCUUCCCGGUGCUCCAGAUAGCUGAACCGUUUCAUUACCCGGAGCUGAAUGUGACCCACUUGAUGCGCUCCUCGUGGGUUAGGUCAGUAUUGCUGGGCGUGCUGGACCAGCGGGUGAACGAGCGCACUUUCCAGGCUCAGAUGGAGCGCCGGUUAGCCCAGCUUCUGGGUGAGGUCCUGGGGACAGCCAAGCGGUGGAAAAGGGCCACCAGUGUGGGCAACAAUAGCAUACAGAUCGUGAGGGCGACCCGGUUGGAGGGCCUGGACGACCCGCUGGAAGUGGUGUACUUCGUGGAGGGACCCGGAGGAGAGAGAUUCCCGGCCAAUAAAACAGCGAACCUGCUGAACCGCCUGGACAUGCAAAGAGCCGCCAUCAUCCUGGGGUACCGCGUGCAGGCACCGCUGGCUCAACCUGUGGAGAAGCUGCCCUCACCACCCUCCGAGACGCAAAAUAACAACAUGUGGAUCAUCGUGGGCGUGGUGGUCCCAGUGUUGGUGGUGGUCAUCAUCAUCGUCAUCCUCUACUGGAAGCUGUGCCGAUCCGACAAGCUGGAGUUCCAACCAGAUGCCAUGAGCACCAUUCAACAGAGGCAGAAGAGCUGGUGGACCCAUGGAGCCUGCGAAUCUCGAUCAGCACUGUCCCGCAGCUCUUCACACUGCGACCGCCACAACCACUCCAUUCCACUGGUUCACACUUCUGUUCUUUCCAUCUUCUUUAAGUCCCACAAGGCACAGCUGAGAUCAAUGCACUCAAGGAAACACAGAAACGUUGAGGAAGGGAGGAAGGUAGAUAAGACAACAGAGAAGAAGAAGAUAGAUGCAAGCAAGACACAGCAGCAGGGUGUUGAAAAGAACAAGAAAGCAAUGGAGAAAAAGAGGACAGGUCUGAAACAGGUGCUGGAUGUCCACAGUAGGAAAUCCAGGAAGAAGAUGGAGAAUAAUAAGGAAGAGGUGCGGGUGGAGACAAGAAACGGAGCUGUUGUGAUGCACGAGUGGGGAAUGGAGAAGCUGCAGGCCCCGAGCGUCAAAGGGUUUGACUUUGCCAAACUUCACCUGGGGCAGCACAGCAAGGACGACAUCAUGGUGAUCCAGGAACCGGCCCCCCUGCCUGCGCCUGUCAAGGAGACCACGCCCUCCGAGAACGGGGAGGCUCCCACCCCCAAGUCCAAGGCUUCAUCCACCAAGGCAUCCAGAACUGCCCGUCGCCGGGGGAGAAUCUCACCAUCAGAUGGCGACUCGGUGGUGAGUGAGCCGUCCAGCCCAAGGGAGUCAACAGAAGAGACCCUGAGGACCCCUGCCACACCAAAUGAAGGGAAGCAACCCCGCAGGACCCACAAGAAUGGGAAGAGUAAAAUUGGAACCCCGCAGGCAAAAGGCCUGGACGAACCGCUCUCCUCCGCCUCCAUCUUUGAGCAUGUAGACCGCAUGUCCCGCUCUGCUGACGGCACACGCCGCGUCUCCAACAAGAUCCAGCUGAUCGCCAUGCAGCCCAUGCCCGUCCCAGCCCAGCGCAGUCCAUCCGUCACCGAGAAGGUGCCGGAGAGCGUCAAGGCGAACGCAGAGAUUCAGGUGGCUCUCAGACACAAGUCUGAGAUCGAGCACCACCGCAACAAGAUCCGACUGCGCGCCAAGAGGAGGGGCCACUACGAGUUCCCCGCCAUGGACGACAUCAUGGACACCUUUGGCGAUCCCAAGGACCAGGACAUGUACCAGAAGGCGCAGAUGCAGAUCGACAAGAUCCUGGAGCCGGACGCCCAGAUGCUCCCUGCUUUGAUGGAACCCAGGAAGAGGGGGAGACGCUCUCCAAAACAGAGGAAGAAGCAGCAGGUGAACGGGAGCUUAAAGGAGGCAGAUAAGGACAGGCUCAUCCCCGCUGACAGUGAUGGCACCUACAGGAAGUACCCAGGUGUCAACAACGUGGCCUAUGUGUCGGACCCUGACCAGCCUCUGGAGGCCCAGAGUCCCUCCCCUACUGACGACGUGUUCGUUGGCUCGGGGUCGCCGCCUUCAGGCCACGCCCCAGCCCCGCCUGCUUACGUGCCACCGCAGCCAUCCAUCGAGGAGGCCCGGCAGCAGAUGCACUCCCUGCUGGAUGAUGCCUUCGCCCUGGUGUCACCCAGCUCACAGGGCAGCGUCCCGGGCAUCACGCUGCCCGGACUGAGCCCCGGGCUGCCCCGCAUCGGCCAGUGGGCACCCCCUUAUCCCGGCACCCCGGCUCUCAGCCCCUUCUCUGCGAGGUACGCGGAAGGAGUGAUGUCUCCGUCGGGCCAGGGCAUAUCGCAGAGACCAGGCCUCGCAUCCGACUACACCCCCCCUGACGAGACCGGCCACGGGGAAUGCGUCCAGGAAGAUGCCCUCUACUCCAGCAGGGACCUCUACGGCGAGGAGCUGCCCUCGUCUGCCAGACCUCGUCCAGUAGGGGGCACCACGGGUGCCCAGCUCCAUCAGCUGACGCAGGUCGGACUGUCAAGCCGGAUUGGCGCGUACCCCGGGGUGGGCCGAGUCUCUUCCGGUCAGACGGGAGGGUCCAGUUGGGGGCGCUACCACUCCGAUGAGGACUACAACCGACCCAUUUCUAGCCGGGACCAGGUCCUUGGCUAUUCUGACUGUUCCGCCUCCUCUGCGCUCCAGAUGCCCAGGACCUCGCUAAGGGAACCGUCUGCCCCUCCAGCUCACCUGGAUGGCCCUGGUCUGGGGUACUCGUCCACGGCGCCCGAAGAGACUUCUCCGCCCACCCACUCAUCCGCGUCACUCAUUAAGGCGAUCCGGGAGGAGCUGAUGCGUCUCUCCCAGAAACAAUCUGCCGUGCCCAGCUACCACAGCUGAGAGAGCCACACAGCCUCUCCACGAGACAGUGAGCUUUGUCACAUCACGUCACCACAUCUGCAACAACCGCAUGGUCUCCCUUCAAACCACUGCUGCGUCCUUCUCUGCAACAGACCAAACGUCCUACUGAUCUCCUGCAGUAGUGUGCUGGGCAAAGCUGCUACGACUAAAUGGACGUAUUGAUUGCCCUCAGAACGGGACUCCUUUUCCUGACCAGCACGACUAUGACCCCGAUGACCCCUGACAACAGUAGCGUACCGGUCCCUGUGACCAAAGCAGAAGCAAAGAGCCGGUCCCUGCUAGAAACCAUCAGCAGCAAUGCUUCAACUUACUAGGUCCAGGAUGCCCAGCUAGUAAUGUCCUGGUCCCGUCACUCCCAGAAACGGACUGUCCUGCCGAUCUAAUGCACAUUUAGUAUCUGAUUUUGUAAGCCCAGGUCACGCAGCUAACAAGAUGCUGGUAUGGUGUCUCCUCCAAAACGGACUGGCGUUUCCAACUGCCGCAGCGCCAACAUCCUGCCGGUCUCUCAACAGCAGCACACUUCCAGUUGCAGUGCGCUGGUUGAGCUACAUGCUGGACUAGUACUUCCCAUGGAAGCCCCACUCUGCCCAUUACCGACGCAGGCCACCUAUCGCGGGAGCGUAGGACUCCUGUACCUGCAACUUUGUGAAUCAUGGGUCUCCCACAGGUGUAGCUGUGAUGGGAAGGUUUGCCGUGGUGGGUGAAGCGUGUAUGCUGUAGAUACACCCCCACCACUCUCCAUUCCUGCAGGGCUUGUUGUUCCUGAUGGCACAGCAGCCAGUUCCGCGGAGUAUUCUUUCUUUUCUGACGUUUACAUCCUCAGCAUUCUUUAUAGCUGGUUCAGCUGGUUCUUUCUCUGUGUACCGGGUCACGACGCCAGUAUGGUUACUAAAGCAAUUCUUAGUACUUAUAAAUAUGAACCAUCCUCAGUACCUUUUCUAGACAUUGAACAGUUUCAUUCAUGCAUUUCUUUUUUUUUUUAAACUUUUUUCAAGUGCUUCCUGGAGAUGUAGUUUCACCCUCUUUCGAACAUCCCUGGUGCUAUAUUUGAACCUCAUGUCUCCUGCCAUAAGACACAAUCAUUGCCUUCUGUUGUGACUGAGGGAGUCCAGUCUUAACUGACCGCCGAGCUCAUGUUGUGCUGGUCACCCAGAUAACAUACUCAAUGCAUUUUACACAUAGUAUUGGUGCUCAGGCACGCCCUCUAAUGGUCGUGGGCAUUAUUUGUUUGCAUGGAGUGUGUGUGUUUCAUCAUUUGUGGUACAGCAGAUGUUUAAAAUGACACUUUACGUGUUCAGAUGGAGGUUACUGGUCUACCAGUUUGAACCAUGCUGGAUGGCUGAAGGACGCGAGACCGUCGGCUGAAAUUCGCUUGCCGAAAGGUACCAGUUAUGGACACCGAGGUCAGCUGCUGGUGAGAAUCGCAAGCUUGCCCUACUAGUCGGCUGUGUUAAUACUUCUGGGGUCAAACGCAUUACCUUGCAGAACUGUAGCUGCAUACCGGGUCCAGUAAGUUUGUGCCUUUCCGUAAACUCUGCACUUUGUUUUCACGCCCCCGUGCUGCAGAGUCCAUGACGUUUUCCUUUGUUUACUUCAUUCAGGGUGGGGAUUCUUUUCAUGUUCACUGACGUGGGAACCUGUGCGCCGAUUCCCUCCGGUAGGGACCAUACGUGGAGGGAGGGAGAAAGAGAUGCAGUAUCUUAACCGAAAUAUUUCACACGCCACUGGAGUACGGCCAAAUUUCGUUCACCACCAAAGAUCCCUUUGCCCGUACUUGUGCUGCAGGCUAGUUCUCGAACCCAGACCAUUAAAAAGCUCAAAACUGCAGAUGGUUUAACAUUCCAUCUAAUGUUCUCGGGUAAAUCGAUCUCUGCAGUCCAUUAAGAGACAUCCCACGUUCUACCCAUCUGAGUACACAUUCAUCAGACUUAUCAACAAAACCUUGCACUGCAGAAGAUACCAGAGGCUCUUCCAUGGUGACCAAAUGGAAUGGAGUAAAAGUCUCCCCUUUAAAGCAGAAAAAAGUGCAAAAGGCAUAUAUACACAUACUUUAAGAGCACAACAUUAAUGAUGCGGUUGAUGGAUGUGGGAAUAAACACUGUGUUUGAUAUGUUUCUCUACUUGCACAAAACAUUUUUGAUGUGAUUUUUCAACACCUUAUUUGUUCAGAAAAUGAGUGGUGGCCUGUAGUUAUAAACGUUUAGCAAACAACAAGAAGUUUGCCUCAUUGUCUCCUCUAGAGCAGACAUUUCUGAGCAUGUCCAUUUUAUUUUUCUAACAGUCGGUUGUUCAGCAUGAGCAGAAGACCUAGAGAUUUAAUGAGACAUCAAGAGCAAAUUAGCACUAAAUUAAAAGUAUUUUUAACACCUUGGAUAAAGCGGGAAGCUAUUAAGACUUUUAGCAGCUCAUUCUAAUGGUAGGUGUUGAACAGCGAUGAGCCCCUCUGUCGGCGAUGUAAUAGACUAACAUCUUGUUCGUGUAUCAGUGUUGACGUUUGGAAGUUUGAUAAAGUACUUUAUUAAUUAGUAGUUUAACCGUGUAACCGCAUAUGAAACCAAACUCUCGACCCGGGCAGGAGGGCGGAGUCACACGAGGCCUCGUAAGGUGGGUCAGAUGGCUGGGGGACACAGGGAAAUGGAACGAGUUUGAGGGAAUUCGGUGCGACCCCGAUGGCCGAAAGUGUGCGUUGUUAUCCCGCUCACACCUCUGCGGGUACGAGUGCUCUAACUGUCCCGCUACCGUCUGCUCACCCCUCGUGACGUCGGAAGUAGCUGAGCAGCCUGAGGGCGGACAGAUGACCCCGUGACCAAGGCUGGCAUUUACAGUGGCUUUGAACACAUGGCAGUGUUGUUGCAUACCUCCUCUACCUUGGUACUGUUUGCUUUAUUUUUCGCUGCAUUUCCACCGGCCUACAGCUGCAGUAUUUAUGUGUUCCGAGGCAACCCGUUGGGUCGGGCACGGCGCAGAAAUGAGUUGAAUGGUAUUAAACUGGCCAAUUCACUGCUUGUCUGACAUUGUUCUGGUUCGUUUCAGUUACUUGAACUUUUGUUAAGUGUAAAACUUCAGUUGUGACCGUUUCUUGUUUCGUGAAGGAAAUAAAAACGUUGGCGGGUCCAACUAUUGGAUUCUUUAACAAGCUGCAUGUAUAACAGAUAUUAGGAUCUACUAUUUUAAUAACGUGUGGUGCAUGUCAAUAAACACUUAAUAGUAUUUAAACAGAAGUUCGAUCCAAGCGUGUGUGUGUGUGUGUGUGUGUGUGUGUGUGUGUGUGAGAGAGAGACACACACACAUGAGUUUCUGUAUAAUUUAAAACUGUCAGCUCUUGUUGGUUUAAUGUUGUUUCAUAAAGCAUAAUCCAUAAGAGUUCUGAGCGUAUAUUUUAUAUUUUUUUAAUAAAUCUAUUAAGGAGGUGAAAUGUGCAGAACGCAAUUGCAGAGGCCCUAUGUUUUAAUUGCAUUCCUUUUAUAUUCACAGAAAGACUAUAAUAGAAAGUGGUGAAAGUCACUUGUCCUAAAAUGGCUUUUAUUUUGGAUGCUGUGAUGUGACCCUUGUCCCCUGUGGACCAAAGCGUCCCCUUCUCCGAUUGUCGACCACCUGUGGACCAUGUGUUUGGAGAAUCUUUUCUGUUGCACUUGUUGGGGGGGGGGUUAGUAACAUAAUAAAUAAUUUUCUUUAGUUUGUUCACCUUUACAAAGGCAUUAAGACCCGCAAAGUCUCGUGAAUGUUCAGUCUUCUGAGAUGAAACCAUAGUGCAGCAGCCUGUUGCUUACUUUCCAACAACGUCACAGCGUUUUGGGCUUAUUGCAGUAACCGGUGAGGUGUCCGAGGUAUAAACUUUGUUAAGGGCGUCGCACCAUCUCCGUGUCACCUGUCGGAUGUGCCGUACGUUCCUGAGACGGAACCUACGAGCAGAACAAGUUCAUUCUCGUUUCUCGUAACUCAUCAUCUGGGGCAAAACAGCGACUGGUGCAUUGCUGCAGGCUCUUUACUGUACAUCCUAGUCCACGGAACAUGGUGCUCGCCUGACCGUUCUCCGGUUUGCAUCCUUCCCCUUGUGCGAACGACCCUUGCGUUCUGUGUAAAGUCGACGACUGUAAAUUAAAUGUAAAUAAAUGACGUGUGUUCAAGUGUAUGUAUAUUUUUCUCCCCCCGCGUGAAGUUGGUCUGUUCGGUUAUCGAGCUUUGAACAACCGUUCGUGUCUGUCCCUGA